AGCCAGCUCUCCCAGGCCCUCAAUGGAUUGUCAGACAGAGCCAAGGAGGCAAAGGAAUUCCUAGUCCAGCUCCGCAACAUGGUGCAGCAAAUCCAGGAGAACAGCGUGGAGUUCGAGGCCUGCCUGGUGGCGCAGUGCGACGCCCUCAUCGAUGCCCUCAACAGGAGGAAAGCCCAGCUGCUCUCCCGGGUCAACAAGGAGCACGAGCACAAGCUGAAGCUGCAGAUCUCAGAUGCUCUCAUCAGGAGGGUGCACAUGACCGAGGAUCAGUGGGGCAAGGGGACGCUCACCCCCCGCAUGACCACGGACUUCGACCUGAACCUGGACAAUGCCCCUCUGCUCCAGUCCAUCCACCAGCUGGACUUCGUGCAGAUGAAAGUGCCGGCGCCGCCGAUCCUGCAGCUGGAGGAGUGCUGCACCCACAACAACAGCGCCACGCUGUCCUGGAAGCAGCCGCCGCUGUCCACCGUGCAGGUGGAGGGAUACAUCCUGGAGCUGGACGAUGGCAACGGUGGCCAGUUCAGGACACGCAGUCAGAAGAGCAGACCCUCCCUUUCCCAGUGCCUUUGGAAAGAUCGCAGCUUCGUAGAAUGAGUCCUUUCUCCUCCACCCUUAACCUGCAACCCAGCUUCUCGGGGAGAUCCUACUUUGAGCUAAGAUCUUCGGCCCACCAGCUGAGCUUGCAUUCCUCCUUACAGUCCCUGAAUUCAGCCGGAUGCAAUUUUGACUCACAAGGAUCGCCUUACUCCCAAUUAGUUGACAUUAAAAAAAUGGUGGCAGUUGCUUGGUUCUCUUUCGACCCCUCCUCUGCCCACGCUGACAUCAUCUUUUCCAAUGACAACCUGACUGUCACCUGCAACAGCUACGACGACAGGGUGGUGCUGGGCAAAACGGGCUUUUCCAAAGGGCUGCACUACUGGGAGCUGUCCAUCGACCGCUACGACAACCACCCCGACCCGGCCUUCGGCGUGGCGCGCAUUGACGUGCUCAAGGAUGCCAUGCUGGGCAAGGACGACAAGGCCUGGGCCAUGUACGUGGACAACAACCGCAGCUGGUUCAUGCACAACAACUCCCACACCAACAGAACGGAGGGCGGGAUCACGAAAGGGGCCACGGUGGGAGUGCUGCUGGAUCUGACCAGGAGGACUCUGACCUUCUCCAUCAACGAGGACCAGCAAGGGCCCGUGGCCUUUGAGAACCUGGAGGGUCUCUUCUUCCCCGCCGUCAGCCUCAACAGGAACGUGCAG